AUGGCCAGUGACAGACCAUCAACUAACCAAGAAAAAAUAAGUGAAACACCACCCCGUUCAUCGCACUUGCAAAUUCGCAAAUGCCCAGAAAAAAAAAAUGUUUUAAAAUACUUUGCUCUUGUCUUCUUCUCCCUCUUCCCAUUUUGCACAUCCAUUGACACCAUAGCAGUGAACCAGCAGGUGAAAGAUGGUGACUUUAUAGUGUCCAAAGAAAACAACUUUGAAUUAGGCUUCUUCAGCCCCGGCAACUCGAGCUCUCGCUAUGUUGGGAUUUGGUAUGCUAAUAAGUCUGAAAAGGCAGUGGUUUGGGUUGCAAACAGAAACAACCCCAUCAAUGAUACCUCCGGUGUUCUCACAAUCAACGGGUACGGAAAAUUGGUACUUUAUGCUCACAAUACUGAGAAUCUUUCUAUUUGGUCCACAAAUGUGUCGGUCCAAACCACAAGCAGUGUAGCUCAGCUUUUAGAUACAGGAAAUUUAGUGCUUUUCCAGGAUAGUAAAAGUGAAAGAUUUAUAUGGCAAAGUUUUGAUUAUCCUACAGAUACUCUACUUUCCGGAAUGAAAGUUGGGUUGAAUUGGAAAAUUGGGUUGGAAUGGGUCUUAACAUCUUGGAAGUCCCAAAAUGACCCUGGAACUGGUAACUAUAGCUUGAGGCUCUAUUCAAACCAGACUGCUACGCCUCAAUAUUUUCUGUACAAGGGUUUGACCAAAUAUUGGAGAUGUGAUCCAGGGCCAUGGCCCGUUUUUGUGAGUAAUAAUGAAGAAAUGUAUUAUUUCUUUUUAACUGAUAACACCUCUGUAAUUAGAUCCGUGUUGACGGAUUAUGGGGUAAAUGAACAACUGAGAUGGAAUGAUGCUGUUAAUCAGUGGGAGGUACUCUUUGCUGCACCAAAAUACCGGUGUGACCGAUAUGGACAGUGUGGUGCCAACAGCAAAUGUAGCCCCGACAAUAUUAAUAUGUUUGAAUGUGAGUACCUACCGGGGUAUGAACCAAAAUCUUCGAAUCAUUGGAACCGGAGAGAUGGGUCAGAUGGGUGUGUGAGCAAGCGAAUUGGGGUGUCAAACUGUGGGGAUGGGGAUGGGUUUGUGAAGGUGGCACGGGUGAAAGAUCCAGACACAUCGAAAGCAGCACAAUUGUUGCCAAAUACUAGUGCCAAUGAGUGUGAGCAGGUGUGCUUAAGCAAUUGUUUCUGCACGGCAUAUAUGAGCAUAGAAUGGGAAGGCCGCAUUAAUUGCUUGGCAUGGUAUGGUCAGUUGUGGGACAUUUUAAUACACACAGAGCUAGGGCGAGAUCUAUAUGUUCGUGUGGACAAAAUGGAAUUAGCUGAGAAUACCAGAAAAUCGAAAGGUUUCCUCAAAAGUAGGGGCUUGCUGGCUAUUCCAAUGGCGGCGGUUGCAUUGGUACUAAUCAUUGGGUUUGCCUGCUGGUGGCUUGAGAAAAAGAGGAAGAUGAAAGAUUUUGUGGAGGCGGAUGAACUUGAAGAAACUAGGAGACACCCAGAGCUGCAAUUUUUCCAUCUGAGCGCAAUAAUAGUAGCCACAGGCAACUUCUCUCCUGUCAAUAAACUUGGCCAAGGUGGUUUUGGCACUGUUUAUAAGGGUCUGUUAGCAAAUGAUCAGAAGAUUGCCGUAAAAAGAUUGUCCAAAACUUCAGGACAAGGAAUUGAAGAAUUUAAAAAUGAAGUUGCGCUGAUAGCCAGACUUCAACACAGGAAUCUUGUGAAACUUUUAGGCUGUUGUAUAAAGGGAGAAGAAAGGAUGUUAGUCCUGGAAUACUUGCCGAACAAAAGCUUGGACUCCUUUCUUUUUGCCAAAUAUCUCAAUGUGGAUCGCACAAGAAGUUCCUUGUUGGACUGGAAAAAGCGCUUUGAAAUUAUCAACGGGGUUGCUCGUGGGAUUCUGUAUCUUCACCAGGAUUCAAGACUUAGGAUUAUUCAUAGGGAUCUAAAAACCAGCAAUGUUCUUCUAGAUGCUGAGAUGAACCCAAAAAUAUCAGAUUUUGGCAUGGCAAGAAUAUUCCAUGGGGACCAACUGCAGGAUAAAACCAACAGAGUUGUUGGAACAUAG